UGACCUCCUUUAGAUGUACGUCUCCUUCAGUUUCAUAUUUCAAUUAAAAACUUUUGUUUCCUUACACAAGUGAUCAUUUCUGUUAAGCAGUAAAAGUGCACAUGAACAUGAUGAAGAUAUGGAGAAAUGAAACAUCACAGCUGUUUGACAUGCAGACAUUCAGAUUGAAGUUCAUUUUGGUUAUUCUUUGUCUUAUUCCAGGUGAUGAGUGUAGGACAGUAACUGUUCAGACUGGUGGAUCUGUUAUUAUUCCAUGUCAUUAUGAAAGUAAAUACACCCAACACAAGAAAUACUGGUGUUAUGAUGCAAGAGCAGCUUACAAUUACUGCUCUAUUCUGGCAUAUGCAAAUGAAACUAAUGGAGAUGUGUCAGUAAUUGAUCAUCCUGAUCAGAGUUUAUUUACUGUCACUAUGAGAGACCUGCAGCAUCAAAACACUGGAUAUUACUGGUGUGCUGUGGAAAUUAAAGGAGGCUUGGAUGAGACAGAGCAGCUUUAUAUCACAAUCCAAUCAGCUCCUGAUCUCUCUGUGAUGUCCAGCAGUGUAACUGUAGAUGAAGGUGGUAAUAUCAGUGUACAGUGUCUCUACACCUCUACAUAUAAGAAUAAACACAAACAGUGGUGCAGAUAUAAAGACAAGAGAUGUUACACAGUGGGAAGAUCUGACACAUCCCAGAAUGCAUCAGUUGGGAUGAGUGAUGAUGGGAGAGGAUCUUUGACUGUGGUGAUGUCUGGACUGAUGAAGAGUGAUUCUGGCUGGUAUUACUGUUCUGUAGGAGAUCUACAGGCUCCUGUUCAUCUCACAGUCAAUGUUGCUGUAAGAGAUCUACAGACUUCUGUUAAAUUCGCCGUGUCAAAAGCAACAUCAGCAGUGACUUCAGACAACAGUUCAACAAGAGACAUGAGAGACAUACAGUAUGAUGAUCUGAAGAUUUGGCUUCUACCCAUUGUUCUGCUUCUGCUGCUGAUUCUGGUUACUGUGACAUCUGUGAUACUGAGAAACAAACACAAAAGAAAAAACAAUCACAUUACACAUGAGAAAAAAGUCAGUGAUGAAGACGACUCAGUUAAUUCAUCCUCAGUAAAUCCUGAAUGUGAUGUGAUGUACAGUUCUGGGAUUAAACUUGCCAAGACUGAAGCAUUAAGUCCAGCAGAUGUAGAGGAAAAUGUGAUCUACAGCCCUACAUGUGUUUAGGUGUUUGAUCUGGAUUAAAUACCUGAACAAAAUAUUAACACAGAUGCAAGAGCUUGCAAGUCACCAACACAGAUAAAGUUGUUUUGAAAAGAUAACAUUAUGAAAUCAUUUUAUUAUUUGAGAUAUCCGCCUCUAGAUGUACUGUACAGUACAAUACAGUCAGAAUAUUUUUGGGUUGUUUUGCAUGUGCAAAAAAAAAAGUAUGCUUGCAUGUGUCGUAAUUUAAU